GCCAAGGUGAGGCGGCCUAGGUGAGGUUGGGCAGCUGCCUCUUUCCCUGGUCCUGUCAUGCUGCCGGCCGCCGUGAGGAAGUGGUUGAAUCGGCCCAAGAGGUCAGAUCCUCGGCUGCUGGCUCAAUUUUUCUUUGCUGAUGAACGAGUGACACAAGUGGUGACUGAAAUCAUCAGCCUCAAUGUACAGGAAGAUCCUCAGCACUACCUGGUGCUGCUAAAUCAGCUCCAUGCCAGCCAGGAGCAGCUACUGGCAGUGAUGGAGCAGAUAAUGGAGGAGAACCUGUCUGGUGAUCGAAGGCCUCGGGACUAUGUGGCCAAGUUCCCAGAGGAGCUGCUGGGAGUGAGCCUGGGGUCCCAUGUGCUCUUUGCUGCUGAGUGCCUGGUGGCUGGCUUCUUUGUGGAAGUGGAUGAGACUGCUCAGCAGCUGCUCCAGCCUCUAGCCCGGGACCUGCUGCUGAGCCUAGAGCAGGCUCGGGCUGUCCUGCGAGAGCAGAGUCUGGGCCGCCCUGGGCCCUGUUCUCAGUCUCUGCGUUCUGCCCUGCUUCGUUUUGACAACCUCUUUGCUGACUUUGAGUUCAACUAUGUGGCAAUGGUAGCCCCUCUGAAGUCCCCAGAGGAGCUCGAGCAGCAGCAGGAGGUGGCUGUACUUUUCUGUGAGACAGUAGCCAGGGCCCUGGAACUUGGCUACCUAACCCAGAAGAUGAUUGACAGCUACGAGCCUAGUCUCAUGUUGACCAUACCUCGCCUGGCCAUCAUCAGUGGCCUUCUCAUCCACCCUGAGGGCCCCCUGAGCCUGAGCCCACCUGGUGCUACAGUCUAUGUCUUCAGUCCCUUUCGAAGCCUGUUGCAGAAGAUCCAAGCCCUAUUGGUUGUUUUAUCAGCUGACGAGCUCUUCAUACUUGAACGGAGCCUGUGUGUGGCAGAUGCCCCCUGGGAGCCCACGGACAAUCCCAGACAAGACAGUUCAGUAUCUAACACCUCUUGUCAGAGUAGGGUCAGGACCACACAACCUGCCCCACAUCUGCCCUUCAAGCAGCACCCACCCCCUAGCUGUCCAGAUCAGGGCUUACAAGCAUCAAUUGAGAAGCUGGGAACCAAGUCAGGUACCUCCUUCCCAUGGACUGACUCUGGAGAUGCUACCUGCCCCCUGCUGUUGGAUGGGCCAGUACCCACUGAGGCUGGGUCUCCUGGCACUGUCCAGCAUUCAAGGGAACCAAGGAGACAAGAGCCCAGAAGAUAUGGCGCCCACCAACAUAUUGGUCAGGACCAGUCAGUGGCUGCCAGGUCCUUGCAGGCAGAGAUGGGCAGGGCACUUCGGGCCAGCUACCCCAGCCCUCAAAACAUGCUCCACUCGCUCUUCGUCUGCAUCUCAGGUGUAGCUGACCAGUUGCAGACCAACUUUGCCAGCGAACUUCGAGCCAUCUUGCAUAUGGUAUUCCUGGUGGUGGUAUCCAAGCCUGAGCCAGAGGAAGAAGCAGAGGAAGGAUGUUGUAAGUUGGCCGCCCCUUUGGCAGAUUGCACCCUGUGUGUUGAGUAUGGCCGAGAAGUUCUAGUGUCCAUAGCGGACAGACAAGUGCCCUCGUUUGCCUCACAGAGCCUCCUGCCUGGGUCCCAGAUCAUGCCUGUUUUCGUUGCACCGCCUGUCAGACUCCUUUUAGCCUCACUCGCCGAAGGCACCACUGCCGGAACUGUGGAAAGAUCUUCUGCUCUCGAUGUUCAUCCAAAUCUGUGCCUUUGCCUUGGUUUGGCUACAUGAAGCCUGUGCGGGUAUGUGCCCACUGCUAUGCUGCUCAUGUUGUUCCAGGCUGCUCCUGACAUCUCUGCCUCAGGCACUAGCCUUUGGGGCCAGCUGACGGGACUUCUCCUGCCUGUGUCCAGGCUCUGUGCUGGGGACUUGGGAGGCCUAGAGGCCUCUGGGAUAGUCAUCCAGGGUGCUGGAUCUGUCCUAGGAAGAGAGAUUGAACUUGAACUUACAGGGGAGAAUUUCCCUGCCCUCCUUCUGGGCGGAGGCUCUUGGGUCCCUGGACUGUGGAUCUGGGACACUCUUUCCUCCCCAACCUCAAAAAUUCUCAGGGGUGCUGCUGUCGUUGCUCCUAACACAAGCUGUGUGCACACUAGGAGUGAUCAAGAAAGGGCAGAGGCCAGGGUGUGCCCAUUCACUCCCCUUUCCUUCCUUCCUCUUGGGUUCUCUUGGGACCUCUUAGAAUAGAUUUGCACCUACCUUGUAGCCCUUCUCAUCCCUCUCACUGCCUUUUGGAGGCCUGUGGUCUGGGCCUGGCCUCAGGGGGGACCCUGGUGAGUACAGAUAGAUAUUUCUAUAACUAUGUUUGUGUUUGUGGUGGGGUGGGGAGGGGAGCAGUUAGGAGCCUCUUCCCACUUUCUGAGGGCCCUCUCAUUGUGGCUAGUCUGGGCUUGUGAAUACCUGAUCUAUCCUGCCUUCCUGGUGGGGUGAGGGGCAAGGGAAUUAUGGUUCCCAUUGUUCACAGAUGUAUUUUUGUUUGAUUAAAGACAGAGAUUCUUCAAAAUGGUCUUUGACUCUCUCUUGUGGCCAAGCAGGCAGUGAGGGACAGACAGAUGAAAGAGAGUGAAGAUGGGGUUUGCUCAGGGACUUU